AUGAAGACGAAGAUCCUAGUUCUACAUCCAAACCCUGACAACUUGGAUGCUAUCAUUAAAAAGGCCAACUUACAGAAUUCGAAAAAUGGUCCUUUCGAAGCUGUCCUUCUACUAGGAAAGUACGAUCUAAAGGCAUGUCCCACAGUUCCUGAGGUGCCCACCUACUAUACUGGCAGCAUAGAACAAAAAGAGCAAUUCACGGAUAUCAUGAAAAAUCUUAUAUGUGUUACAGGUGGGUUUCUGACUCUCAAGCUUGCUUCAGGUGUGAAGAUUGGGUUCUUUGACAGGAUAUGUGAGGAUGCUACUGGUGAUGUAGAUAUACUAGUGUCGUUCCAUUGGCCAUUGGCAAUUGCAAAAACCCAGGGACUCUCGGUCAUCGGCGACCGUGAAGUUGAUAAGAUGGUAACAAAGCUUCAGCCACGGUAUCAUUUCGCUGUGGGCACAGAAAAGGGUCGAUUUUAUGAGCAUCCUGCCUUUCCAUGGACACCAACAAAAGCUUGCAGAAUGAUAUCCUUGGGCCAGGAGGGGUCAGGAAAUAAGUGGUUUUAUGCCUUUUCCAUUGAUCCACUGGAAUCUUUACCUUUUGUUGAUGGCGUCAACCCCUUCAAGAUAGAGUCUCAAAAUGUUUCCGUUGUUGAAGAACAGAUGGAAUCAGGUGAAAAAUUACAGCCGCUCAAAAGAGCGUCAGAGAACGACGAGCAACCUGUUAAAAGGCCCAAGAUAGUAGCCCCACAGGAAUGCUUUUUUUGUCUUUCCAACCCAAAUAUCGAAUCUCAUAUGAUCGUCGCCAUAGGUAAGCAUUCAUAUCUUGCCACAGCCAAGGGACCCAUGCCACUACCGCAAAGACCUUUGGACUUCUCUGGACAUGCAAUCAUAAUACCGUUUGACCACACACCAAUAAUUGAAGAUCGUGAGCAAAGAGAAGAGAUGGCACAGUUCCAGAAGACCGUGGCGGCCGCAUUCUACGAAAAGUCUUUCGCUACCGUAUUUUUUCAGAUCAGCCGCCCGGAAAACGUGCACAUACAUACACAGCUAAUACCAGUACGGCUCGAUGGUGCUCAGGAGCAAUUUGAGCGCUCAAUAAAUGAACGUACCAGGCAAAACAACGAGAGGGCAAAAUUUAAUCAACUGCUUGAAUUCACAUCAGACACAAAACAGGUUAAAGCUAUCCUCGAAUCAAAAAAUUUUAUUAAGUUCGUUCUUUCAAUGGGUGACAAGAUCAAAGUAUAUGCUGCUCAGCUCGUUUCUGAGAAACCUGUCGAUUUGCAAUUUCCUAGAAGGGUGAUGUCCUUUCAUCUCAAGUGCCCCAAGAGAACAUAUUGGGACAGAUGCAAACAGACGAAAGCACACGAGAUCAAUGAAUGUGAGAAAUUCAAGGCCUUCUACAAAAAAUACGAUUUCACGUCCUGA